AUGGACUGGCAGCGAGGAGCCGAGUUUACUAACUAUUAUAGUGGUAACCGGUUUCAAUAUCGUUUGUAUGGUAAAGGGAAGAGUUUUUUCAAAAGGUUGUUAGGAAAACCAACCAUUUACUAUGUAGUUAGUCCACUGGAGGACCACGAAAUAAGGAACAAAGAAAUUGAAUUUGAGGGAAUUACCAAAAAAACGGGUAUAAAAAUUCCUAAAACUAAAUUUCGAGGAGCCGCGGUUCCCAAAGGGGUUUUGUUGGUAGGACCACCGGGUAAUGGUAAGACUUUACUUGCCAAAGCAUUAGCCGGAGAGUGCGGUUUGCCUUUUUUGGCUCGCUCUGGUUCGGAUUUUGAAGAAAUGAUGGUUGGGGUGGGAGCCCGUCGGGUUCGUGACCUUUUUCAACAUGCCCGUAGUUUUAACCAAGGUUGUAUUAUUUUCAUUGAUGAAAUUGAUUCAAUUGGUCGCAAAAGAUAUUCUUCCAACACCGGUCACGCUGAACAAACUUUAAAUCAACUGUUGAGUGAAUUGGAUGGGUUUCAAGCCCGGGAUAAUGUUAUCAUCCUAGCAGCCACUAACUCCUUGAAAGUUUUGGAUAAUGCACUGCUACGACCUGGUCGGUUUGACCGCCAAAUCUACAUACCCUUGCCUAAUGUAAAAGGAAGGCGAGAGAUUAUUUAUCUUCAUACUCAAAAACUCACUCUCCAUCCUGGGAUUAAUUUAGAGGAAAUUGUUUCCAUGACCCGCGGGCUAAGUGGAGCCCAGAUAGUUAAUAUGUUUAAUGAGGCCUCUAUUUUAAGUAUUCGCCAUGGAAAAAAAAGUAUUGACCAAGAAAUGCUUUUUGAGGCCUACGACCGAAUAUUGAUGGGUCCUUCUUUGACUAGUCAAACCAUCACAGCAGAAAAGAAAAAAAUAGUAGCUUUUCACGAAGCCGGACAUGCUAUUGUUGGUUUAAAUUUAUAUGGGGAGGAAGGCGAUGAUUAUUUGCUGAAUAAAAACCAAAUGCUUGCUCAUGUCAUGACUUCUCUAGGUGGUCGAGCCAGCGAAGAGUUAAUUUUUGGUCUAGAUUACAUUACAGUGGGAGCCUAUGAUGAUUUCAAAAAAGCCAGCAGCAUUAUCCGGGAACUAAUUUUAUAUUACGGAAUGUCUGAUUUAGGAAUUGUUCCGACCCAAGAGUCUUAUUUUUUUGUCAUUGCUAUUGUCGCCGCAAUUAUUCACACUUAUGGUUAUAGUUUAAUUUUUCGAGCCCAAGCCACUCCGGGCGAAAAUAGUCCUAAAAUGAAAAUAAGUGUUCUCCAAAAAGAAAUAACCGAAAAUUUGGAAAAGGAUAAAGAAUUGGAAAAAGAAAGAUUAAAUAAAGAAAAAAAAAUCGAAAUUAGAGAAAAAAAUGCUUUUCUUACUUCAAUUUUUAAAAAUAAAACCGGGAAUUUGGAACUUGAAAACUAUCCCCAAGAAAUAGAUUAUUAUUUAGUAAGCGAUAAGGAAAAAAUAGAAAAGUUUACAAGCGAGAUAACUAAAAUUAAUCAAGAGAGAAAAAAUUUGCCUGAAACUGAAUUAAAGAAAAGUUUGUAUCGGAGAAAUGAUUUAGAAAAGAGAAAAAGGCAAUUAGAAGAAGAACAAAAAAGAAGCAUUGCAGGAAAAUAUUUAUCAUAUAUAACUAAUAAUGAGAGACUAUGGGCAACUGUGGUAUACAUAUUUCUUUCUUCGUUUCUCAUUAGCCAAAUUUUCCCUCGGGACCAACUUGUUUCGCUUUAUCUCCACUCUCUAACCGAAGAAAAUCAAAAGAAAGGUUUGCAAUUAUUAGCCAAAUUUUCCCCCAUUUAUUACACUAUUCAUCGAAGAGAACAAGGAAAGGAAGAACCAACCAAUAAAACUAAACUAGCAAAUGUUAAAAAAAUUAUCGAAAGUAUUCGAGACAGCGAGAAUUUUCAAAAAGCCUUGACUCACGUUUCUUACUGUAAUGAAAGCGAUUCGGCCAUUUCUUACGAGAGACUAGAAUUCUUAGGCGACGAAAUUUUGAAUUUCCAUGUCGCUCUUUUUAUUUAUCAUAAUUUUCCUAAUUAUGCCGAAGGAAAAAUGAGUAAAUUGCAACAGUUAAUGGUCCAGGAGAGCACCCUAGCUGAAUUAAGCAGAGAAAUCGGGUUGAAUAGAACUAAUGAAGAAGGGAAAUUAGAAUAUUUAAGAUUAGGAGAGGGAGAAAUGAAAAACCAAGGGGCUAAUAAAACUAGCAUUUUGGCAGAUAUAUUUGAAUCUUUCAUUGCCGCUCUCUACUUAGAAAAAGACUACAAAAGUUUACUUCAAGAAUACUGUCAGUCCCAAAAAAACAAGGUUUUUUAUCGAUUAAAAAAGACAGCGAAAGUAGAGAACCAAAAAAUGUUUACCAUGGAAGUCAAAGAUAGACUAGGAACCUUUUUAGAAACCGGACAAGGUCAUAGCAAAAAAGAAGCCGAACAAGAAGCGGCCGCCCGAGUAAUUAAAAAUUUAGGGUUGGUAAAGAAAGAGAAGGAUAAUUCUUAA